AUGGAGAAGGGCUUGCAGCGCCACCACCACCUGUUGGGCGGCGGGAAGAUGAGGGGCGCGGCGGGGCUGAUGGGCCUGCAGAAGCAGAACUCGUGGUCGCCCGACAUCGAGCGGGACGAGGCCUGGGAGCGGCGCCGCCGCGGCCUGAUGUGCCGGGCGCCCUCGUCGUCCUCAUUCACCCGCGCGCAGAACGUCACCGACGACGACCUCGACAAGCUGCGCGGCUGCCUCGAUCUGGGCUUCGGGGUCGAGCCGCCCGCGGCCGCUGGCUGCGCGGCGUGCGGCGAGGGCCGGAACCGGCUGGUCGAGACGCUCCCCGCGCUCGACCUCUACUACGCCGUCGCCGUCAAGGGUGGCGGAAAAUUGGUCAGCCACAGAAGAUGA